AUGGCCACCGAAAAGCGCGUAAAGCGCGAUAUCCUUCCUUUGGACAAGCCGCCACUGGACAAGCUCCCUCUGGACAAGGAGACCCUGAAGCAGGAAUUCGACCUGUCCCACUUUGACCUCAACUCCGUCAUCCGAGGUGCUCAAUUGACCCUGGUCGGGGCGCACCGAGCGUUCCAGAAUCCGGCCCUCUUCACCUCCGAUCACUACCGACAAGCCGGCGUUGCUGUCCUGACUGGCCUCGCCAUCCGCCUGAUAAUCUCCGUGCCCAUCAUUGGUGUCAAGGUUCUUCUUUGGUUCAUUUCCCUGCUCUUUAGCUUGGAUCAUGUUACCUGGGACGAGAAGCUCGUGGGAGGCCUCAACUUCAUUGAGGAGUACGUCCUCCAAGUGCCCUUCUUCCUGAUGGCCUUGAUGCGAUAUGUCACUCCUACUUUGGACAACAUGACCUACGUCCAAAAGCACAAGCACGAUGACCCUAACCACCUUCGGGAUAUGUACUAUCCCAACUUGAAGCAGUACAAAGUCAGCGACGGCAGUACUCACUCCACCAGCACGGCCGAGGCCGUCAGCAUGUUCCUCUACCGCUUUGCCCGCAAAGGCGCCAUCUCCCUCGCCAUCUUCGCCCUCUCCUACGUUCCCGUCGUCGGCCGCUUCGUGUUGCCCGCAGCCAGUUUCUACACCUUCAAUAAGGCCGUUGGCUUAGGACCUGCUUCAGUCAUCUUUGGAACGGGAAUAUUCCUGCCAAAACGUUACCUCGUGAUCUUUUUGCAGAGCUACUUCGCCUCCAGGAGUUUGAUGAGAGAGUUGCUGGAGCCUUACUUUUCACGGGUACACUUCACCAAGGAGCAAAAGCGGAACUGGUUCCGCGAGCGCGAGGGCGUUUUGUUCGGCUUCGCUAUCGGCUUUUACACCAUGAUCAAGAUCCCCCUUGUCGGGGUUCUGAUUUACGGCAUUGCGGAAGCUUCAACGGCAUACCUGAUCACCAAGAUUACAGACCCUCCUCCGCCUCCUGCCGAGAAGGCUGCAUUUGCCGAGAGCCAACAGCAAUGGACCAACAAGCAUGAGUUUCUCAGCUUAUCGCUUGCCAACAUGGAUGCCAUUCACAAUAAGCCAUCGGGAGAGACGCAAAAAUCACGCUAA